ACUCUCGUGGGCGUGCCGAAAAUGCCGGCUGUCAAAAUCUGCCGGCUGAUACGUAACAGGCUGUCAGUGAGACGCUUCUGAGGAAGGCGAGAGUGUUCGCCGAAACUGUCAAGCAAGUGGUCUCAGUAUGGACGCCCGAUUGGUCUGCAGCGCCCUGAGUCUGCUGUUGUCUCUUCCAGGAGCAGCCCUCGGCUCCGGAGACGACGGCUGGUCCAUGAAGGUGCACUCGGAGGUGCGGGGCAUGGAGGGCUACCCGGUGGUGCUGCCCUGCACCUUCAGCCACCCCCAGCACUCCCAGCAUUCCUCCCUGCAAGUGUUAUGGCGUCUGGGCCACGGCGUCGGCGCCACCGUCCUGUACCGCUGCACCAGCCGGCCGGGUACGCCCACCUGUGAGCCGGGCCCACAGCAGGACCAGCGCUACCGGCUGGAGGGGAACCCGAGGGAACACGAUCUGUCGCUGCGCAUCAACGGCGCCACCCUGCAGGACAGCGGGCGCUACUACUGCCGGGUAGAGGUUCAGGGACGAGAACAUGUCAGCUUCGAGGACAAGAUGGGGACCAGGCUGAGAGUAGAGGCUGCUCCAAAGAUCCUGACCCUGGCGGUGGAGGGCAGUGAGCAGUCCGGGUACACAGCUCUGUGCCGGGUUCAGGGCUCCCCGCUGCCCGACGUCCAGUGGCUCGGCCCGGACGACUUGCUGGAGGGUUCCCUGGUCGGGCCUCUUUCUCAGGGCUCCGCCGCUCACUUCCACACCGUCAGCCAGCUGAGGGACGUGGAGCCGGGGCAGCAGUACACCUGCAGCGCCUCCAACCCGCUGGGCAAAGAGCAGGCCACCCUGUACGUCCUGCCUCCACGGCCUCCCAUGUCCAUGACCGGAGCCUCGCCUCCCUUGCUUCUCCUCCUGUCGCUGUCUCUGGGAGCUAAAGUUCUGCUGCUGGUGGGGAUGGGGGUUUGGGUGGUGCAGGGAGGAGCUCUGCAGGGAAUCAGCUGCUGGGCCAAAUAGCCUGCAACACUUUAUAAUCAGCGCAUAGAUGUGUGGUUUAUGACAGAACAUAAUAUAGCAGUGAGCCGUUUGUUAAUGUGUGUAAUAAUAUAAAUAUAUUUUCAUAUUAUUCUAGGAAGAAUAAUAGUUCAUAAAUGGUUCUUCAGAAAGCUCUCUGGUGCUUCAAAGUGCCACCACCAUUUGGAGAACCUUUUCAUUUAGAUGGUUCUUUAAGUACUUUAUGUGGUUCCUUGAAGCACUAAAGGUUAUUUGGUUCAGGUGGCAGACAUUUUUCAUUAUUGUUGAAUCAUUGGGCCAAUAAAACAUCAGAAAAAAAGUGAGAAACUUCCAUCAUAGAUUCCUAAAUCCCACAUACUUCAUGUGGUUCUUUAAAGUACUAAAGGUUCUUCAUUAUAUUACAUUUGUUUGGUUUGGUGGCAGGUAAAAACAUAAAAUUAAAGCUGCAACUGAUGAUUAUUUCAUCUACCAUUAAAUAAUUUGACUCAUAAAACACUAGAAAACAGUGAGAAAUUUCUAUCAUAGUUUCCUAAAUCCCACAUACUUUAUGUGGUUCUUUAAAGUGCUGGAGUUUCUUCAUUUAUAUUGGAUUUGUUUGGUUUGUUGACAGAUAAAAGAGUAAAAUCAGAGCUGCAACUAAAAUAUUUGUUUAUCUGUGAAUCAUUUGGUUGAUAAAACAACAAAGGCAGUGAGAAAUGUCCUUCACAGUUUCUUGUGGAACAUGUUGUUCUGUCUGACCAAUAGUCCAGAACCCAAAAUAAUGAAUGUUUGCACAUACGCUUUAAAGAAUGGUUGAAAAAAAAUUGUUUCCUUAAACAAAAUUUAGCUAAAAGUUUCUAAAAAUCAUUCUUUUAUGACGUCACUACACAGAACCAUUUUUGUUUGAUGGAGUAAAGAAGCUGUUACAAAAAAUACUGUACAUUAAUAAACAAUAAACAAAAAUGUCCUAA